AUGUAUGGAGAUCUAGCACAUAAACUUAUUCUGGACGCGAAAAGAACACAGUCGCUGGACAAACUUCCUUUGUACCAGGACACACUGGUGCGGUCGAUUGUACGCGAAAUCCGCUCGUUGCAGAAAGAAGCAGACGUGUUGACCGAACACGCGAGUCAGGACGACGACCGUGUAAACCAGGGCCAGCUAUUUGUGUGUCAUCUUUGUAUGCGUCGAAAUAAAAGGUGUUUGCUUGCAUACCAACGACUACGCGCUGAGCGGCUGGAUGAGCUCGUCUGGGCAAAUAACGAUAUUUCAAAAGAACAAAUGGACAAUCUAUCACCGCAAGAACAGGACUACCUUAAGAAAUACAACGACCUGGUGAGCGAGUUCAAAGGACCGUUGGAGAAGAUCGAUCUGGGCGGGUCCUUGGAGCCUCCUGUGGACGUUUUCAUCGACGUGAGAGUUCUCAAGGACGCGGGAGAAAUCCAGACAGAGUACGGAGUUUUCAACUUGACCAAAGAUUCGCAGUUUUUCGUGCGCCAAGCGGACGUGGAGAGACUCAUACAACAGGGUUACUUGAAGAAACUGUGA